AUGACUCAGUGGGAUGGAUAUUCCACCAUUCCAGUUCUGGUCCAAACAUCGUAUGCCCAGCAUAACUCAGAGCAUGAAUCCAAGCUUGAGUUCACAGCCAUCGAGAAUCCCAUCAAGAGUCCCAGCUUGACAGCAAGCCAGAAUCCCAGCCUUUCUCCUAGUGGUCCCUCAACUUCUGCCCCGGCGGACACGCCAUCAGAGAGCCCCACAGGUCCCUCAACUCCUGCCCCAGCGGUUCCACAGAUCCAUCCUGUGGUUUGGCUUUGGAUCACUUGGGCAGUCAGCCUGGACCAUGGUAACCUCCAAUAA